AUUCUGCAGACAUAUUCUGUCAGUUGGAAUUCGGUUGUCUCCACUCUUAUUCGCUGGUUUAGGACUAGCUCAGGGGCUCUUUGUGCUGAAAGCCUUUCAUGCCUAUAUAAUCCUCACUCCUGUGCUCUCACUUAGAUUCUUCAGACUUAUCAAUACUACUCUUUUCUGCCCACAUUGUCCCUAUGACAUACGCACUAUUCAUCUGAUAUAUUCGACAAAGAUCGCUGAUAUCCAUAUCCAAUAUUCUAUCAUGGGGCUUGGAGACCCACAGCAAGUUUUUGGGGUUCAAGAGCUAUAUCGACCGGCCCGUGAACCAGCGGCGAUUGAUAUUGUCGCAGUGCACGGGCUUAAUGGAGACGCGGUCAAAACGUGGACAUCCGGGAAUAUCUGCUGGUUAAAUCAUCCUGAUCUUCUACCGAAGUAUCUAAAGCGAGCUCGAGUCCUAGCAUGGGGAUACAAUGCGAACAUCUCUUCCUUGACAGGAAAAACCACCAGUUCAGAGAGGAUUUUGCAACAUGCUCAAACACUUAUAGCGCAAUUACACGCCGAUAGGGAUCUUGAAGAUGCGAAUGACAGACCUAUUAUCUUCCUUUGCCACUCACUGGGUGGGAUUAUAGUAAAACGGGCCUUGGCAUAUUCUGCGAGCCGCCAUGCUUCUAAUAUAGCACAUCUGCACUCGAUAUAUACCUGCACAUUCGCCAUACUCUUUUUCGGUACUCCGCAUCAUGGAUCUAGUAAAGCACGUCUCCUUGGCAGCCUUCAAAAGCUUGCAUCUCUCGCCAUCCCAAAGGUUGCAGUGCAAAUCGAAUCGAGCUUAGUGAACGCUCUCGAAGAAGAGUCCGAGACACUCCAAAAUAUCACUGACCAAUUUGCCCCACUAAUGGCAAAUUUUCGAAUUUUCUUUUUCUGGGAACAGGAGAAGACGGAUCUCAAAUACGCCAAGGAAUAUAUUGUGGACGAGUCGAGCGCAGCACCUAUCUUGGACAACACAGAGAGAUGUGGCAUUGCGGCGGACCACAGAGGAAUGUGUAAAUUCGAAAGGAGCACCUCGCAAGGGUUUCGGACUGCUGUGGCGGCACUUCGGAGGUAUGGUCAGGAAGCGCCACAGGUCAUCAGGAGUAGAUGGAUCAAGACUACUGAGAUGUUGAUCGAAAAUCGACGUCAUGAGGCAAUGGAGAUGUUGAGAGGCAUCCAGCCAUUAUCAGGUGAUGCCUUUCCCCCGGAGAUUGUGCAUAGAAUCGAAGACUCGUUUCAGCGCAAAGAAAUUCUAGACCAGGCCGGUCGUCAAGAAAGGGUUACAGAGAAUCAUUAGUAACAAAUAAAUUUGUUCUAAC